AUGGACUUUAUUAUUUUGUGGAUUUGGUGCGACGAAAUCGGACGUUGCGGAACUUUCUCAACUUAUAGAAUAACUUCUCUGGAUGUCUAUUCCUUUUUUCAGGAAGGCUUAGGUAGCCCAACUAGUUCGUUAGCCUCAAAUCUCCGAAAAAGCUACACAAACGACUGGGCGGUGCGCAUUGCUGACGGUUCUGAUGAUGAAGCUGAACGGUUGGCGACCAAGUACGGGUACCAGAACUUGGGUCGAAUCAUUCCGGGUGAAGAUUAUUUUUUGUUUCGUAACGUCAAUCAACGAACUCGCUCAUCUAGAAAAUCGAGAAGUCUGCAGCUGAAGCGAAUUUCUCAUGAACCUGAGAUUUUAUGGUUGGAACAACAGGUGGCUAAGAAACGCGUGAAGAGGGAUGGUGAUCGGCACCGACAACGACACGGUCGACCGACGAACGUGUGGCAUAUUUCAGAGAACGAUAUCACAUUCGGUGAGGAUGAUAUGCUUGUGAGUAAGUCACGAAAUCGUAAACAACCCGAUCCUAACGACCCACUCUGGACCGACAUGUGGUAUUUAAAUCGGGCCGAAAUCACGGGUAACUCGAAAAUGGACCACAACGUGAAAGAGGCAUGGGAUCUUGGUUAUACUGGUCGUGGUGUAGUGGUAACGAUUCUCGACGAUGGCCUCGAAAGAACACAUCCCGACAUCGCGCCCAACUAUGAUGCUCGUGCGUCAUACGAUGUUAAUGAUCGUGACGAUGAUCCAAUGCCACGCUAUGAGUACUCGGAUGAAAAUCGACACGGGACUCGAUGUGCUGGAGAAGUGGCUGCUAUCUUCAAUAACAGUCUAUGCAUUGUCGGAAUUGCGUACAAUGCUAGAAUAGGAGGCAUCCGAAUGCUCGACGGGGACGUGACGGAUGCUGUCGAAGCCGCUUCACUUGGACAUAAUUCCGACUACAUCGAUAUCUAUAGUGCUUCCUGGGGUCCCGAUGACGACGGAAGGACAGUAGACGGUCCCGCUAAGCUGACUAGAGCUGCUUUUGAGCGUGGAAUUCGCGAAGGUAGACGAGGCAAGGGUUCAGUUUUUGUGUGGGCGUCUGGUAACGGCGGCAAGGAUGCCGAUUCGUGCAAUUGCGACGGUUAUACUAACAGCAUCUACACACUCUCGAUCUCAGCCGCUACCGAGAAUGGAAACAUACCGUGGUAUUCGGAAGCAUGCAGCAGCACAUUAGCGAGUACAUAUUCAAGUGGUGCCACCGGUGAGAAGAUGAUCGUCACCACCGAUCUACAUCAUGCCUGCACCAACACGCAUACGGGAACGUCGGCUAGCGCACCGUUGGCGGCCGGUAUCGUUGCACUGACAUUUCUGUUUCAGCACAUCGUCAUUCGAGCAGCAAAACCAAUAAACCUUCGUGCUGGCGACUGGAUAAUGAACGGUGUCGGUCGUAACGUAUCGCAUUCAUUCGGUUAUGGCCUGAUGGAUGCUGGUGCAAUGGUACAACUAGCUAGAAACUGGACAACUGCUCCUGAGCAACACAAAUGCCGACAGUACUAUCCAAGUAGAUUUAAAACAAUUCCGCACGGAAAUCGUCUCCAACUGCAGUUGUACACUGAUGGAUGUGCUGGAUCACCGGACGAGCAAGUUGUCUAUUUGGAACACGUACAAGCCAUCAUCACACUGAAAGCACCAAAACGUGGUGAUAUUCAAAUCUACUUGACGAGUCCUUCAGGAACACGGUCAACGUUACUGACAAAACGCGCCAGGGAUACGAGUCGAGCCGGCUUCAUUGAAUGGGCAUUCAUGACCACUCAUAGUUGGGGUGAAUUUGCUACCGGACUCUGGACGCUCGAAGUCGAUAACGAUGGGUGGGACGAUGCCGAACUGGUAAAGUGGGAUUUGGUGAUGUUCGGCACCGUCGACGAAACGACACAGUACGGUGGUGGACGAAACUCUGCACUUACGGCUCGCUCCGUAGCGCAAAUGGAACACAUUCGUGCCGGUGUGGGUAGUACAACACCAUCGUCACCGAUGGAUCUGCUUCGUUCGCUUUUUCUACCGAUGCUAAUUCUUCUGCUUCGAUUAUAA